CACAAACACGACGCUUCACGGCACCUUUGCGACAGCGAGCCGCCGCCGCCGCUUUACGGCACCUCCCAGUUUUUAAACAGUGCGAAACAAGUUCUGUUGACCAGGCGAACACGACGCAGCAAAUGGUCCAACACGCAGCAGCAGCAGCAGCUCGUCACACCAGGUCUCCGGUGAACCGCAGCUCGGUGUGAAGGAUGAACAAGAUCUCCGCGGGAGACAAAGCUGCUCCGAGCAGAGCGAACCACUGGGUGAGUCCAUCUUUCACUGAGCUGCCGGGGGAAAGCUUCUCUCUGCCUGGGAGGAGGAAAGUUUCACGUGCUAAGGCUGAGCCCAAGAGGGCGAGGAAGAGGAAAGGGGAGGAGGGCAGGUCGGACCCUCACCCGUCCUCCUACCCGCUGAAUGAGUCGGAGGAGGGGGGCCGGGAUGAGCCCUGGGUGGACAGAUACUCGCCUCGUUCACAGGCUGAGCUAGCUGUCCACAAGAAGAAGAUUGCGGAAGUGGAGAGCUGGAUGAAGGUUCACAUGACCUCAUCAAAGGGGGGCAUCUUACUGCUGACAGGACCAUCAGGCUGUGGAAAGACUGCUACAGUCCUGGUCCUGUGUCGGGAGCUGGGCUUCAGGAUUCAGGAGUGGAUCAAUCCCACCAACAUGGAGUCGUACGGCAGCAGUCAGCACGACUGGAGGACGAACGGCUUCUCUGGCUUCUCCUGCGGCUCCCAGGUCGCCCAGUUCCAGGAGUUCCUCCUGCGAGCCAACAAGUACAGCUGCCUGCGGAUGGCGGGCGACGACGGAGCCACCGACAGGAAGCUCAUACUGGUGGAGGAUUUGCCAAACCAGUUCUACAGGCAGCCGGGCAGCCUGCACAGUAACCUGAGGCAAUUUAUGAAGACGAGUCGAUGUCCCCUGGUGUUCAUAGUGUCCGACAGUCUGAGUGGAGACAGCAGCUCACGCUUUCUUUUCCCAAGAGACAUCCAGGAGGAGCUGGACAUCAGCAGCAUCAGUUUUAAUCCAGUGGCUCCCACCACAGCGAUGAAGGUCCUGACCCGCAUUUCAACCCUGGAGGCAGGGAAGAGCUGUGGGAGAAUGGAUAUGCCAGACAAGGGUGUGUUGGAGAUGCUGUGUUCAGGAAGCUCUGGAGAUAUUCGCAGUGCCAUCAACAGUCUUCAGUUUUCCUCCCUUCCGGACACGUCAUUGGAAAAGCUGUGGAGGACGAAGAAGGACAGACCUGCGAGUUCAGCGGGCAAAGCGUUUUCCAGAAGGAACCAGAGGAAGACCAGGUCCAGACAGACGAAGGAGCAGGAAGAGGUGCAGGCGAUCGGAGGGAAAGAUGCGUCUCUAUUCCUCUUCAGAGCCCUGGGGAAGAUCCUGCACUGCAAACGUCAGUCAUACUUCCCAGGAGGGAAUCCUGAGGGCGCUGAAGCAGCCGAAGUUGCAUCUGGACCCGGUCUGUCAUCUCAUCUCUCUCAUCACCUCAGAGAAACAUUAUUAGUGGACCCUGAGUUGGUUGUUGAACGUUCGCACAUGUCUGGAGGGUUCUUCAACCUGUACCUACACCAGAACUACCUGGACUUCUUCUCAGAGGUGGAGGACGUGGCCCGGGCCAGCGAGUACUUGUCUGAUUCUGACCUCCUCACUGCUGAUUGGACGAGCCGCAGCACCAUGGAGGAUUAUGGGUCUUCGGUGGCCACCAGGGGGCUGCUUCACUCCAACUCUCAACAAGUGUCCGUUGGCUUCAGACCGCUGCACAAACCCGGCUGGCAUCUGGUCAGCAAGAAGCACCGGGAGAACUGCCUGGCUGCUCAGUCCCUGUUCAGGAGCUUCUGUCUGACACCGGUCAGCCUGCAGACGGACCUGCUGCCGUACCUUGCCAAACUGUCCAGCCCCAUGAGGAACCAAGCCCAGAUAGCCUUCAUCCAGGAUGUGGGUCAGAUGUCACAGAGGAGAUUCUCCAGCAGUGUGUGCAGAUUAAAACUGGAGGCUCUGACAGACAAAGAGCUGGGCCAGCUGGAAACAGACGUGGAGGAGGAGGAGGAGCAGAAAGAGGAAGGCCAGGGUGGAGCUGAGGAGGGUCUGCCAGACAGUCAGCCUCAGCCCAACACAAGUCAAGUGCUUCUGGAGGAGCUGGACCUGAUCAUAGAGGAAUAUCUCAGUGACUAACACACAGCGCUGACACACUGUGAAACAACCUCAUCAUCUUCCAGUUUGAGUUUUUUUUCGAAAUGAGUAAUGAAUAAAGGAGAAAGUUAGGACCACGUGACAUAAUAACAUGACUUCAGAGAUUGAAAACAUUGUGACUGUUCAAAGGUUUGUAUACUUAUCACUUUUUUUUUUUUAGAACUACCAGCAAAAUACGUACACAGAAAAAAUAAGCCUGAAUUCAUUUGGAUUCUGUGGCUCGUCACCAUGGAGAUCAGUUCUAAUAAUCUCCCUGUGACGCAGUUCAGCUCGAGCAGCUGAUAUCUUGUCAGUAUUUAUUAGUUGUUGUUUUUCUUGUAUUGUGCAUCUUUGUUUUGCCGAUUGAUGUUUGCGCCUGGAGUAGCCUGCAACUGUCCAAGCUCAGACACACUGAAAUCAUCCAAAUAAGAAAUAUUACUUAUUGCUUAUGUUUAUCAAGGCACAUUUGUUUGGAUCUAAUUAAGCAUGUGAAUAAAAGAAAUGUUCGAGAA